UCUGAUGCUGUCCUUAAGGAAGGAACAUAAAUCCUCAAGAUGGGAGGUAACAGCACAAACAGUACAGGAGCAAAGUGCACUGAUCUUCAAAUGCCAUUUCAAGACGCCCUCUAUGCAACCACCUACAUCCUCAUAUUCAUCCCUGGUCUUCUGGCUAACAGUGCAGCCUUGUGGGUUCUGUGCCGCUUCAUCAGCAAGAAAAAUAAAGCCAUCAUUUUCAUGAUCAACCUCUCUGUGGCUGACCUUGCUCAUGUGCUCUCCUUGCCCCUCCGGAUUUACUACUACAUCAGCCACCACUGGCCUUUCCAGAGGACCCUUUGCCUGCUGUGCUUCUACCUGAAAUAUCUCAACAUGUACGCCAGCAUUUGCUUCCUGACCUGCAUCAGCCUUCAGAGGUGCUUCUUUCUCCUGAAGCCCUUCAGGGCCAGAGAUUGGAAGCGUAGGUAUGAUGUGGGCAUCAGUGCUGCCAUCUGGGUCAUCGUGGGCACUGCCUGUUUGCCACUUCCAAUUCUGAGAGAUACUGGCUUAGCCAACAAUACUGAAUCCUGCUUUGCUGAUUUAGGGUUUCAACACAUUAGCAUGGCUUCUUCCAUUGGCAUGGUAACUGUAGCUGAACUUGGAGGAUUUAUAUUACCUGCUAUGAUUAUUACUUAUUGUACAUGGAAAACAAGAAAAUCUUUACAGGAAUUCCAAGUUCCUCCUCAGAAUACCAAAGAGAGAAAAAAAGCUUUGUGGAUGGUCCUGAUGUGUGCAGUGGUAUUCAUUGUGUGCUUCGCCCCUUACCACCUCAACUUCCCACUUUUUAUGAUGAUGAAGCAACAUAUCUUUUCAAACUGCUACUUUAUCAAGAGUAUUCUAUGUUUCCACAUAAUUUCCUUGUGUCUUGCAAAUCUGAAUUGCUGUCUUGAUCCAGUUGUAUAUUAUUUUAUGACCUCAGAAUUUCGUGAUAGAUUUUCAGAACAUGGCCUGGUUUUUCAGUCAUGUGUGAGAUGCAAUGACAGUGUUUAGGAGAUUCAUUACAAGAAGGGAGAUCUUCAAAUUAUCUCCCUUGAAUUUUUGGAUGAUUCCAAGACAACAUAAUCAAACAAUUAGCAAGAAUGAUCUAUAUGCUCUGUCAGCUUAGCUAUGUCACCUUGAAUAUUUUUUCUAAAAUGAUAUUGUUGACUGCCUUAACAAAACAUGGACCCCUUUCCUUUAUUCUCAAAAUUACUCUUUCGAAGGAGCUAUUCAUGCCUAUAUGUUCUGUCUAAAUGGAAACAAAUUUUUCUAUGGAGCACACGAGAAAACAUUUUUCUUUACAGAAAGUAAUACGCAACCGAAUGAAUUGCCCAACUGUUCCUCAGCAAUGGGUGUAGUCUUUUCACCUUCUCCUACAAAAAACAAACAAGAAGAAAAACAAAACACACACAACAAAAUGUAAAUUGAAAAUAGGUAGGUAUAGGUGAAUUUUGAAAUGUUUUAAAAUGUACAUGAAAGCAAUAUGAUCCUAGCUUUUUUUUUUUUAAGGAAAAUAACACACUACUUAAGCAAUGUAGGCUAAAAUGGACAGGUUUAUAUUAAUAGAAGUUAUGAUAAUUGAUACUUUUAUAAUUUAAGAUAUCUAUGAGACUUUUACAUUUUCCUCUUGGAGAAAGAAACAAUUCAGAUACAUCCCAAAUAUCUCAAAAAUUUCAAGACUUUCACACAGAGCACAUACACCUUAAACACAAAAUAAACUUGUGUUCUAACAUAUUACACAAAGUUCAGAGUUUCAGGGUUUGCAAUGAAAGUUCUUUGCUUGAGUAUGUGUGAUGUGAUGCAUGCUUUUAUAUAUUGGCACUCAUUCAGAAAACAUUUUGUUUAAUUUGUUCACUAAAAUCAAUUGUGCCACGGUCUGCCUAGAUUAAUUCAUUUAAGUACCACCUUAGUCAAAAUAUUGCUUGAUAGAUUUAGAAAUGAAAAUACACAUGCAUAUAGUUUUUCAAAUGGACCUCUUUCCUUACAGGUAAAGGUAUGUGUAAAGAAAACAAUGGUGCAUCAAAUCUUACUGUAAAUGGAAAAUUGUUUUUUUUUUAAUUAUUACUGUGGUGAAAUUAUUUUGUAAUACAAAUCACUCCCAUUGGAAAUUUUGAAACUUAAAAUUUUAUAUAUCAGUUUUUAUUAAAAUAGCAUUUUAAAAAGCAGUGGUUACUUUUAUAAAAUUACACUCAUGCAACGAAUAACAAUGUUUCAGUCAAUGAUGGACCACAUAUACUAGUAUGAUGGUGAUCCCUAAGAUUAUAAUGAGGUUAAAAAAUACUUAUUGCCUAGUAAUAUUGUAGCCAUCAUAAUGUCAUAGUGCAAUGCACAUUAGUCAUAUGGUUUUUGUAAUGCUGUUGUAAACAAACCUAUGUGCUACCAGUUACAUAAAAGCAUGGAACAUACAAUUCUGUACAGUGCAUAAUAUUUGAUAAUGAUGAUAAAUGAUUAUGUUACUAGUUUAUAUACUCAACAUAGUAUUUUUUAAAUAUUAAUUUAGAGUGUAUCAUUUCUAUUUAUGAAAAAAGUGUUUGCUAUAAAACAAUAUUUUGUGUUAUGCAGGCGGCAGGCUUAUAAAUCUCAUGUUUACCAUGUCUCUUGAUUGCAUUAUUUUUUCUUAUGCUUCAUUUAAUCAUGUGUUUUUCUGUGUUGUUGUUUUUGUUGUGUUGUAACAUGCUAUGUAUGCUUAUAGCCUAGGGGCAAUAGGCUAUACCACAUAGCUUAGGUAUGUAGUAGGCUCGAUCAUCUAGGUUUGUGUAAGUGUAUUCUAUGAUGUUCACACAAUGACAAAAUUGCCUAAUGAUGCAUUUCUCAGCAUAUUUUCUUAUCUUUAUAUAAUUGGAAAUUUAUAAAAUGUUUUAUCUGUGUCAUUUUUUUUGUAAAUAGGGAUUGCUUAUCUAAACAAAAACAGAUAACAUUUACCAUAGGGGGGUUAAAAAAAAACACAGAGGAAAACUCAAGUUCUAUGAAAUAAUUUAAGGAUGUGCAUUCUAGACAGUUGUGUCCUAUAGCAAUGAUCGAGAUCUCUUUUUUAGUCCCUAAACAUUUAAAACCCCAUUUUAGGUGGAAAUUGUUCUAAAUUAUAUUCUUUCCUACCCACUUAAGCAGUUUGUUUUAUAUAAAAGGACAUGGUGUAUGAAAUAAGUAUUCAUCCAGAUUCAGAGCACCAGGAUCUAGUUUCAGGUC